AUGGCUGUCGGCACCGUCCAGGACUACAUCAGCACGCACCAACUAUCCGCCUAUUCCGUCCGCGACGGUCCCAUGAAGCCACACUCUAUGCCGUUGUGGCUAUCGCUUGCUCCUGUUUGUGCAGGCCAGCUGUGUCGUACGGAGGAAUACGGCCGGUUCUACGGCACCGUUUAUAUCUUCGCAGCAUUCGGCGUUCUGCUCACGGUUCCCAUUGGGGGGGAGCUGAUUCAGUCGACAAGGCCCCAAGCGCUUAUUGGGUUCUAUGCUGCCGUGCUGUUGACUGGGUUGGCCAGUGUGGUCCUUUCCCGAUGGGCGCUUUUAGAUUGGAAUUGGAGGUGGAAGGUCAAGAUCUAG